UUCUCACUUUAAAUUGUACUCAAAUUCUUUGGCUAACGUUCUCCAUUCGCAUAAGCAUUAGCAAAUCAAUUUUGGGCGUCAACAACAAAAUAUAUUAUCAUACCGAUUGGGUAAUCGCGCAGUAGAGACGAAACAGGCCAGGUACUCUUCAUUAAUGAUAAGUAGGACCGACAAAUGAUGAGUUACGAUGGAUUAUUAUCACUGUCGCAGUUGACAGAUGAGAAGUUAAGUCUUAUUCAAGGGAGUACGACUCCACCGCCGCCAAAUGCGAGUAAAUCAAGUGACAAAACUGCUGCAUCCAAAGGGGCGGACAGGGUAGUAGUACCCGCACUUGUCGACGUUACAGUUGAAGAAGAAGAGCAAGCUGCGACAAUACAAACCAUUCAGUUGCCUUCAGUCAGUAGUGAGAGUAACAAUGCAACUUUUAUAGGAAAUUUGAGUGCAUCGACCGCAACAGCCACUGAAACAACAGCGCCUUUUAACACAUCAACGGACGUAUUAAACGGGGAUAUAUCAACACCGCAACGUAAAAUUUCUGCGUCAUCACGAUUUAUGAAUGCGUUCCAGCAAUUAUAUUCGAGCGCAACUACUGCAAACACAUCGACUGACGGAGACGAGAUCGAUAUUGCGAAUUCUACAAACGGAAUGCCUGCAGUCAGUCGCACACCCCAUAAGGGUAUGGAAUCAAAACUUUUGUCAAUGUGGCAUAACGUCAAAUAUGGUUGGAGCGGAAAAAUCAAACCAAAUUUUUCUAAAGAGCAGCCAGUGUGGCUUCUGGGGCGAUGUUAUCACCGCAAAUAUACUCCACCAUCAUCCAUGGAAAGCUCUACUGAACUCACUACAAACUCCGGUGGCGUAAUUUCAACUUCAAUAAAUAGCAGCUCCUACGAAACGCCAGAACAAUGUAUGGGUGAUAGCCAUGCUGUCCCGGUCAGCAAUAUUUAUCCGCCACUCAAUGCUCACCAAGUAGAUGAAAUAGUAAUUCCACAAGAAUUAGGUAUGGAUGCGGUAGAGAAUCAAGUAGCCGACCAUCCAUGGGAGGAGGGUAUUGAGGGGUUCCGUCGUGAUUUUUAUAGUCGCAUUUGGAUGACUUACCGCAGGGAAUUCCCGACAAUGAAUGGUUCUAGUUACACAUCUGAUUGCGGCUGGGGUUGCAUGCUGCGCAGCGGACAAAUGUUGCUGGCACAAGGGCUUGUUUGCCAUUUCUUAGGCAGAAGUUGGCGUUACGAUGCAGAAACGCAGUUACAUUCUACUUUUGAAGACAAUAUGCAUAAAAAAAUUAUUAAGUGGUUUGGCGAUAGUUCUUCAAAGAGCAGUCCUUUCUCGAUACAUGCUCUGGUUAGCUUGGGUGAAGAAAUGGGCAAAAGGCCAGGCGAUUGGUACGGUCCAGCAUCUGUUUCAUAUCUUCUAAAACAAGCACUGAAAAUGGCGGCACAAGAAAAUGCUGACUUCGAUAAUAUAACAAUUUAUGUAGCUAAGGAUUGUACCAUUUAUAUGCAAGAUGUGGAAAAAGAAUGUCGAAUACGAGAGCCGUCUCCUCAAAAGCAUGUUCCCUGGCAAACAACACGGCGUACUGAAUUGCCAAAAUCACUAAAACAACAAUGGAAAUCGUUAAUUCUGUUAAUACCACUUCGUUUGGGAUCGGAAAAACUUAAUCCCGUUUACGCGCAUUGCUUGAAACUAUUACUGAGUACAGAAUAUUGCAUUGGUAUUAUAGGCGGCAGGCCAAAACAUUCAUUAUAUUUCGUUGGGUUCCAAGAAGAUAAACUUAUACAUUUGGAUCCUCAUUAUUGCCAAGAAAUGGUCGAUGUUAAUCAGGAUAAUUUCUCAUUACAAUCCUUUCAUUGUAAAUCACCUCGAAAAUUGAAGACUUCUAAAAUGGAUCCAAGUUGUUGUAUCGGUUUUUACUGUGCUACGAAAAUUGAUUUUGAUAAUUUUGUGGAAAGUGUACAGUUAUAUCUACAUCCGAUGCGUUGCACCACCGGAUUAAUGGAUAAACUUACAUCUUCAUCACAUACUGGUGGACACGGUGAAGGUGCUCAAUAUUCUGAAAUCAACUAUCCACUUUUUACAUUUUCACGCGGACAGUGUCCUGAGGAAGAAUGGUACACAAUCAAUGAUUCCCCUUACAAACCAUUGCAGCAACAAGUGACUCAAAUGAAGCAGGAGUUCGAUCUACAAACGAAUAGCAUGUCAUAUAUUAAUGCGCCAGACGAUGAUGACGAGGAAACUGAAGAAUUUGUAUUACUCUAAAUUGUUUAAGUGAAAUCCAUACUAAUUCAUCAUAUUAAUGCAUCCUUUCAUUCAUUUUAAUUUAUAAGUCAAGCGCCUGCAUAAUGUGAUUGUACAAAAAUGUUAAACUCUCACUAUUUAUUCAGAACUAACUACAUAUACUAUUAUCUAAAGCAAAGAAUAGUGUCCUCUCAUUUGCAUCAGUUGGAUCCAUCCUAAAAUAGUACAUCCCAAACGUAUCUCAAACAUAUAGACUUACUUAAUCUUUGCAUAUUUAGUAACUCCUUUUGGAUAAAUAUUUUAUACAUAGUUACAGUGUUACCUGUCUGCGCAUUUUAAAUGAAACUCAUUUCAUUUCACUAACUUUAUUUCCAUUCAAAUUGUAGAUUAAAAUGAUUGCCAAGAAGUUUGCCAAACAAUAAAUUGAAAUUGCAUAUAUACUCAGUAUUAUGAGGUAAUGCUUGAGAUGAAAGUUUUGUGCAUUAAUAUUAACUUCUUGUUAAUGACAGUUGUGAUUCAAAUAUUUAUUACAUUUUUUUUUAUAUGGUGUGUAGUACUUCGAUGAACGUAAAAUAUAAUUCCACGUUUGUUGUAUUUAUUUUUGUCCAUUUUUAAUAAGCG